CCCGGAACCCCGAUCAUCCUGCCGAUUUCCUGUUUAUUACAUUAACUUGCCAGAGUUCCGGAGUUGCCGAUAUAUUACGUUUUUGGAGGAAAAUUAUAUAUGUAGUUUAUUAGGUGUGGGGACGUGUGUUCAGUCGACAGAAUGGGGUUCGUGCUGUUGUUAUAGACCAGAAAAUGGUGGCCUAGCUCGCUGGCAAAUGUGUCACGGCGGGUGAGCGCCAUGCGUGGCUAGCAAUGUUGCUGACUGGCUAGGUUGCGCCCAGUAGCUGUAGCUAGCAUGUUGGCAAACUUUAUGUGCUUGGAUGUCGCUGGUGGACUUGGGCAAAAAGCUGCUGGAGGCAGCUCGAUCCGGGCAGGACGAUGAAGUUCGGAUUCUCAUGGCUAAUGGAGCACCGUUCACCACAGAUUGGCUUGGAACCUCUCCCCUGCACCUCUCGGCUCAGUACGGGCAUUACUCCACCACAGAGGUCCUCCUCAGGGCGGGAGUGAGUCGAGACGCCAGAACCAAAGUGGACAGGACUCCCCUACACAUGGCAGCUUCGGAGGGCCAUGCCCGCAUUGUGGAAGUGCUGUUGAAGCAUGGAGCUGAUGUAAACGCGAAAGACAUGUUGAAAAUGACGGCCCUCCACUGGGCCACAGAGCACGGCCACCGGGACGUCGUCGAGCUCCUCAUCAAGUACGGCGCCGACGUUCACAUCCAGAGCAAAUUUAGCAAAAACGCUUUGGAAAUCGCCUAUGACAACGGUAAUGAAGAACUAGCUGAAAUCCUUCAGGUGUCCAUGCAAAACCAAAUAAACACAAACCCAGAGAGCCCAGACACAGUGACCGUACAUGCAGCGCCACAGUUCAUCAUUGGCCCUGGAGGACUUGUGAAUUUAGCGGGACUAGUUUCUGGAAAUACCAAAUCAUCAGAUGAUGCGGGUCUGUCAACAAUACAGUUUGGCAACUCAUCAACAUCAGUAUUAGCUACAUUAGCUGCUAUAGCAGAAGCGUCUGUUCCUUUAACCAAUUCAUCUGAAACACCAGUGGUUGCAACAGAAGAAGUUGUGACGGCAGACUCGGUGGACGGAGCCAUUCAGCAGGUAGUCAGCUCAGGGGGUCAGCAGGUCAUCACCAUAGUUACCGAUGGAAUCCAGUUUGGCAACUUGCAGUCCGCCGGUGGUAUAGGCCAGCCCAUUAUUUUGACGAUGCCAGAUGGCCAACAAGUUUUAACAGUCCCAGCCACAGACAUUGCAGAGGAAACUGUAAUCAGUGAGGAACCCACAAUGAAGAGACAACGCAUUGAGAUAGUGGAAAACCAUGUAGAAUGCCAAGAAAUUGAGGUGAUCCAGGUGUAUCGCUGUCAGCAAUUUCACAAUAUAUCUGUAUGGAAGCUGAGAGGAAACAGAAUCACAAGGGAGUAUCAAAUACCAUAUUGCCUUAAGGAACAUGUACAAAAGGAUGCAUAUUUAUUUCCAAUAAAAAUGUUCACAAAAAGAACCUUGUUUUAUAAGCACACAAUAUGAGAAGAUUACUUAUGAAGAAACUUUAAAUUGAUUCUAGUUUCCAGACCAUUUCAAGACCAUUCACCUGCAAAAAUGAGCACAUCACUAAACGCUUAAUUGUAUAAGGCACUAUUUGGUGGAACUGCUUCAACAAAAUGUUUCCUGACAAAAUGUGCUAAUUACAGUAGUAUAUAAGGUUAUACAUAGCUAUCAUGCUACAGUAAUACUGUUAGACUUCAUUUUAUAUUUUCCAAUUCAUGAGUAAAUGUGCUGCAU